AUGUACAGUGGAGAGUUUGAAAAAAGUCCUAUAAAAUGCACAGUAGUUCUGACUCCAUUUAUGUAUAAUUUUAGAUUAGCUGAACAGCUGAAUGUACACAGAAAAAUAACUGGAGGUCAAUGUAUACUGGAGUUUCCUGGUGGAUAUCCUCAUGCAGUUUCUCUGACAGAUGAUUGGAAUCAUACAAUCCUACAAUUGUUGAGGUUCAUCGAGUUCACUGGAAUGGUCAGUAUUAAUCCUUGGCCAGAAGACAAUGCCUCUUUUAUAGACUAUCAUAUAAUAUUUGAUAGCUUGUAUGUUUUCAUUGGAUCAUUAAAAUUGGUAGUUGACCAAUCGUUCUACCUGGAAGAAAAUAUAAAAAAGUCUCUCACAGUGUUAGCUACAUUAGAUUACGUGGGUAAAACUUCAUAUUGUGAAUCGAAAAUACUUCAGUCUAGGGGUAUUGAUAAAGAAGUGGUCAAAUACUCACAUCAAAGCGUAAGGGUGGAUCCAAAAACAAGACAACCAUUGGAGUUUCCAUCUUUUUGGAGGGAAAAGUACAAAAAAUAUGCCACAGGAUUGCCAUUCAUUAUGAAAAAAAUAACUAGGCCAGAAAUCUGUGUUAUAGAGUACCAUUAUAAGAUUCAAACUUGUGAUAUAGAUGAACAGAACCAUACAAAUAAUCUUGCUUAUCUAAGAAUUUGCUUUGAGAGCUGCAAAAGAGGGGCCAUGAAAAGAAGGUAUAAAUGCUUUUCACCUGAAAUGUUUAAAAAUGGAUUAAAGGAACUCCAAAUAAGAUACGAAAACGAGGCUCUUUUGGGUGAGGAGAUCAUAGUUUAUGUUUGGGAAGCAACAGGAAGAAUUGAUCAACUGUUCUUCGAAAUUGUUAAAGGUUUGGAUGUGUGCAUUCAAGCAAGCAUAACAUUUCAUGAAACACCAAUAAACAAUCCAACUGAGGUAGUAAACAAAUGUAACUUAUGAUGAGAAUAUGUCAUAUUUAUUGUAUUGUAAUUCUUUUACAUUAAAGUAAUGAA